GUCGACGCGUAUACCUAUGUUCUUCUACCAUGGAUAGUAGCAACUAGUUCCGCGCUCCUUAGUGAAGAUGUUCAAUUUUCUCAUGUCUCAUUCGUAAACAACAAAUACCCGGGCGUUAUGCAUUACACUCAUUCGUAAACAACAGAGUACCCCGAGUCUUUGCUUUCUGGUAUUCCUUUGUGUCCUUCAUAUUUGUUUCGCGCGCUUUACUUCAUUGUUGCGCUGUCAUGUUAAUAAAAUAAAAUAAAUAAAUAAAAUACAAUGGAUACACCGAUUUAUAAUGUUAAUUUGGAACAGUUUGAGGAACCAACGCGAAGCGUUAUGAAAAGGAUGCUCGAGAAAUUGGAACCAACUCAAGAAGACAUUAAACGAGUACUAACCGAGGACGAACAAAAAGAAUUGUGUCGACGGGUUAAGUGUCGCGUAGAUGCCUUUCGAUGGAAUCCAGUUGAAGAUUACAACAGAUAUUUUAAGCAAAGGAAUCGGUUUGCUGGCAAAACUCCUCUAGAACAGAGGCAACUCCUAGCCAAAGCUGUAAAUCGUUACUAUCACAUCAAAUGGAAAUUCAAUGAGGAAGAAAUACGUAAAGAAAGGCGAAAGGAAUGGAUUAUUCAAAAGAAGAAUAAUUUAUUGUCAUUGAAUCUUUGGGCCCACGAAAGACAAAAAGAAUUGGAAGAUCAAGAAAGUGAGCAUGCACAUUCGCUGGAUGUACCGGAACCACAAAGUGAAGAGAUAAUUGAGGUAAUUCUACCAAACCCACAACGAGAACAAUCUUGGCAGAUAACAGAAUCGCAAGGUGAAGAAAUUGAAGAGUUAAUGGAGGAAAUUCUGCCAGAUAUUCAGCCAACACAAAUGCCACAAGAAUCUGUGGACCACCAUGUACCGCCACCAUUAGUUCUAUUGACCCAGGCAGAAGAAGAAGGGGAAACCUCAACAUCAGAGACUGAAGAGUCCACUGCAGCCGGUGUACAAUUUGUCAUUUCAGAAUCGCUGGACGAUGAAGUAGUGCCCGAAGCAAAUACAGAACAGGAAAUUUAUAUGGAAAAAGAAUCAGUUAUCAUUAACUCGGAAGAGUUGCGCAAAAGGGGUAUUCCAAACAGAAAUGUUGUUCAAAUGUUCCACGUUAAUACAGAUUCAUUGACCUUGACCUCGGAGCUUCCAGAAUCACAAUCAAUAACAGAUAUAAAUGGUAUUCACUCGCAAGAUGUUAUCAACGACUAUGAUGAUUUCGAUCAUGGUGUGCCACAGACUUCAACUCAGUCUCAGGAUGUAAAUAAAUAGCAAAAUGAUUUAUUAUUCGCUUGUUUUUGUUGUAUUGAAUUUCGUUUGUCCUUUAUUUAAGUUAUUAAAACGCUGAGUUGUAUGUAAUAAAAAUGAACUUUUUUUGUGGAACAUGA